AUGCCACCGCAAAAAAGUUUGAUAGCCGAAUUGUUGAAGAAACAAACGGAAGUGGAGCAAACGGAAUGUGAAUCAUCUAUAAGCCCGUAUGCACUGGAAAGCUCAUACUAUAACCUUGACCUGCAAGAUGAUGUAAAAUUGUCACAAUCGAUGACUGCCACUUUUUCAAAUAUCACCGAUCAAUUUUCCGUUUCUUCGGAAAACACUCAAAAGUAA